AUAACUUCCCCUUGAUAUUAAUUUUACCGGAAGUAUAGAAAAGUCACUUCCUUUCCGACAUUUGUUGUCGUUGUUCUGAGCCUAAGAAUGGCACCCCCAAGAAAGCAAAGAGAAAAAAAGAAGGCCGUUACUAAUGAGGUCAUUACAAAAGAAUGUACUAUUCAUAUUCACAAGAGACUGCACGGAAUAGGAUUUAAAAAGAGGGCUCCUCGUGCCAUUAAAGAAAUCAGAAAGUUUGCUGAAAAAAUGAUGGGCACUCCUGAUGUUAGAAUCGACAUUCGCUUGAACAAGCACAUCUGGUCCCAAGGAAUAAGGCAUGUUCCACAUAGACUUCGAGUCAGACUUGCCCGUAAGAGGAACGAAGAUGAAGACUCUACUCACAGAUUGUACACCUUGGUGACACAUGUCCCAUGCGGUGAUUUCAAAGGAAAACAAACACUGAAUGUUGAUAAUGAAUAAAAUUCUUGUGGUUCUUUA